AUGAGCGUCCUUCAUCUGCUCCUUUUCUUGCUUCUCCAUGUCCUUCCCCUCGCAUCUCCGGCCGUCGACGUCGACCAGUUCACGUUCGAUGGCUUCGCCGGCGCGAACCUCUCGCUCGACGGCACGGCCGCGGUCACCACAGACGGCCUCCUCAUGCUCACCAACGGCACGACUCAGCUCAAAGGACACGCCUUCUACCCUGUCCCCGUGCGGUUCCACGAGGCCGCCAACGGCAACGCCUCCUCGCGCUCCUUCUCGACAGCCUUCGUGUUCGGCAUCGUCAGCGAGUACGACGACUUCAGCAGCCCCGGCCUGGCCUUCGUCGUCUCCAAGAGCAAAAACUUCUCCACGGCGCUCCAGAGCCAGUACAUGGGCCUGGCCAACGCGGCCAAUAACGGCAACUCCAGCAACCACUUCCUGGCCGUCGAGCUGGACACCAUCGUCAACGCCGAGUUCGGGGACAUGAGCAACAACCACGUCGGGGUCGACGUCGACGGCCUCUCAUCCAUCGUCGCCGACAACGCGGGGUACUACGAGGACGGCACGGGCGCGUUCAUGAACAUGAGCCUGUUGAACCGCACGGCUACGCAGGUGUGGGUGGACUUCGACGCGCGCACCUCUCUCCUCAGCGUCACCAUGGCACCCCUUGAGCUGCCCAAGCCCAAGAAGCCUCUGCUCUCCACCACCGUGAUCCUCUCGUCGGUGAUCGAGGACAAAGCCUACGUUGGCUUCUCGUCAUCCACCGGCGUCGUGUCGAGCCGCCACUACGUGCUUGCCUGGAGCUUCAAGAUGGACGGUGGACAAGCCCCGCCGCUAAACAUACAGAAACUGCCGGCCCUGCCGUUCACGACCCCCAAGCGCCGGUCGAAGACGCUUUAUAUCCUAUUGCCGAUAGCAUCGGCGGCGUUGGUGUUAGCACUGGCCAUCGCCGUCAUCCUGAUUGAUCGGCGGCGGCGCAGGUAUGCGGAGGUAAAAGAGGACUGGGAGACGGAGUUCGGUCCGCACCGUUUCUCAUACAAGGAUUUGUUCCACGCCACCAAGGGGUUCUCCGACGAGUGGCUGCUUGGCAUCGGCGGAUUCGGGAGGGUGUACAAGGGCGUGCUUCCGACGUCCGGGGCGGAGGUUGCAGUGAAGAAGGUGUCGCACGAAUCGAGGCAAGGAAUGAAGGAGUUCAUCUCUGAGGUGGUGAGCAUCGGCCAGAUCCGGCACCGGAACCUCGUCCGGUUGCUCGGAUACUGCCGGCGGAAGCGCGAGCUCCUGCUAGUCUACGACUACAUGCCAAAUGGCAGUCUCGACAAGCUUCUGCACGACCACAACACGAUGGUCUUGAGCUGGAGCCAGAGGUUGGGGAUCAUCAACGACGUCGCCUCCAGCAUACUGUACCUCCACGAGGACUGGGAGAAGGUGGUUCUGCAUCGCGACGUCAAGGCGAGCAACGUGCUUCUGGACGCCGACAUGAGCGGGCGGCUAGGCGACUCUGGCGCGAAGGAGCGAUCACCGACGCCGUCGCGCGCCCGGGCAUUCGGCAGAUCAUGCAGUUCCUGA